AUGCACCUUGUUGGAUGCUCAUCAAUGGAAUUAAGUGGUAGUGGUGGCAGCAGCAGUGAAAAUCAUGCCCAAUUGUUUACAGGAACUGUUGGUGAGAGUGAGAAACAAUAUGAUUGUUUCAAGAAAAAUAUAAAAAUAUAUGGGAGUCUGAGAUACAGAAGCAUUAUAUCUCGUAGAGCAGUAGAAGUGUGUGAAAAUCAAAGUCAUGAUAUUAAUGGAGCUCUUGAGCCAUCAAAUAUCGAUACCAGCAUCUUGGAAGAAUACAUUGGCAAGGAGGAUUCACCAGAUAUCUCUGAUUUGGACUCCAUCUCUGACAUCUCAGCCUCAGCUAGCUAUCCUCAUGCCCAGCCCUCCAGCUCUUCCAGUAUCAACGCAUCUGUCUCUGGUGUUGGUCAUGUGACUAAUGCUAUUUCCAGUGGAGCACUCCAUCAUGGCCCUCCAAGCACCCAAGUCCCAAUCCGACAUAGUCUCCAUCAUGCGCCCCCCAGCAACCAAGUUCCAGUCCGACAUGGUCCCCCUUUGCCUCUUCCAUGCGGACCUAGCUAUAGUGCUCACCUCAACUGCAAUAACAACAAUGGCAUGGUAAUGCCCAAAGGCUACAUCAGUGGCCACUGUCUGACCAGCAUUGCCCCUCCAAUCAAAUCAGAGCUCAAGGCUUCAUAUGCACCUGGCACUUUACCCGACUCUCCCCCGGACUCUGGAUCAGAAGCAUACUCCCCCCAGCAGGUGAAUGAUCCCCAUCUCCUUCGAACCAUGACUCCUGAGAGUAUGUGCCACGUGAAUCCUCCUUCCCGGCUGGAACAUCCCCCACCUCCUCCACCACCACCACCCCCUCCACCAUCUCACCUCCAGGGGCCACCACCACCUCCACCACCUCCACCACCUCACCCACACCAGCAACAACACAACCAUCACUAUCCCGGCAUACAACGUGAUAUGUAUAUGAAGGCUGAGCCUCUUAUGCCACAGUUCACUAUUGGACAGGGCAUGUCACCUGGUGAUCUCCACCACGCCCAACAAUCACAGAUGCUUCACCAGCUACUUCAACAGCAUGGAGCAGACCUUCCAGUGCACCCUGCCAAGAAGAGGAAACACUCAGAGUCGCCCCCUAGUACUCUAAAUGCUCAGAUGCUCAAUGGGAUGAUCAAGCAGGAGCCAGGUACAGGGUCUGUGCCACUCAACCCUGACAGAGUCCAGACUCCCCCAUGGCAUCAGCAAGGACCACUCUCGCCAGGCCUAAUUCAAGACAAUGACAGCUUGAAUGGCUCCUACCUGGAUCCCAACUACCAGUCCAUAAAAUGGCAGCCGCAUCAGCAGAACAAGUGGGCAACUCUGUACGACGCUAACUACAAGGAGCUACCUAUGCCCACAUACCGGGUGGAUGCAGAUAAAGGCUUCAAUUUCUCUGUGGGUGAUGAUGCUUUUGUGUGCCAGAAGAAGAAUCAUUUCCAGGUCACAGUAUACAUCGGUAUGAUUGGAGAUCCUAAAUACGUCAAGACUCCUGAAGGCCUGAAGCCACUUGAAUGCUUCUAUCUGAAACUUCAUGGUGUGAAGUUGGAGGCCUUGAACCAGUCCAUCAACAUAGAACAGUCACAAUCCGACCGGAGCAAACGGCCCUUUAAUCCUGUCAUGGUCAAUUUACCUCCAGAACAGGUUACAAAGGUCACUGUGGGGCGGCUGCACUUCAGCGAGACCACUGCCAAUAAUAUGAGGAAGAAGGGCAAGCCAAAUCCUGAUCAGAGGUAUUUCAUGUUGGUUGUGGCCUUGCAAGCUUAUGCCCAGAACCAGAAUUAUACUCUGGCUGCUCAUAUCUCUGAGCGCAUCAUUGUUAGACAAAGGGCCGGUUCGGGGGUAAAACACAAACAGAGGGCGGACGGGGACCCCGGAGUCUGCAGACAAGCCUCUAACCCAGGUCAGUUUGAGAGCGACAGUGAUGUUCUCUGGCAGCGGGCUCAGCUCCCUGACACUGUCUUUCACCACGGCCGGGUUGGCAUCAACACAGACCGUCCUGAUGAAGCCCUGGUUGUCCAUGGCAAUGUGAAAGUGAUGGGAUCUCUCAUGCACCCAUCAGACAUCCGGGUAAAAGAUGACAUCCAGGAGGUGGACACCACGGAGCAGCUGAAGAGAAUCUCUCGGAUGCGACUGGUGCACUAUAAUUACAAGCCAGAGUUUGCUGCCACUGUAGGCCUGGAGAACACAUCUGAGACAGGUGUCAUUGCUCAGGAAGUGAGAGAGAUACUUCCAGAAGCAGUAAAAGAUUCUGGAGACAUGGUCUUUAGCAGUGGGAAAACCAUUGAGAACUUCCUAGUGGUGAAUAAGGAGCGUAUUUUUAUGGAAAACGUUGGGGCAGUGAAAGAGCUUUGCAAGCUGACUGACAACCUGGAGAACCGGAUUGAUGAACUGGAGCGAUGGAGCCAUAAACUGGCGAAGCUGAAACGUCUGGACAGUAUGAAAUCGACUGUGAGCUCUGGAGCGUUCAGUCAAUCAGGAAGCCAGUUCAGCCGUGCAGGAAGCAUGCCACACAAAAAGAGGCCUCCCAAAAUGGCCAGCAAGCCCCCUUCUGUGGUGACAGACCAAGCUUGCAUCAGCCAGCGCUUUCUUCAAGGCACCAUCAUUGCCUUGGUCAUCAUCAUGGCUUUCAGUGUGGUGUCCAUGUCGACCCUCUAUGUGCUGAGCUACCGCAAUGAAGAGGACCUUAUAGACAUUGAAGGUUCUUUUGCUGUGCCUACCAGUUGCCUUCUGGCUCUUUUUCGGCACAGAGGUCCUGGCAUCCCAGUUGCUCUAUGUCCACGGUCCAGCCAGAAUAUUGACAAGAAUCAGAUUAUGUUUUCCACUCCUUCCUCAUCAAACACAUCUGAUGAAGCUCAUCCAUCGCAGCAUGCCACGACUCAUGUGCCUGACUCUCGCUACGGUUCAUCCGCUCAAAGUAUAGCAGUAUGUUUCAGUCCACCCUGUUUCUCUAUAUGCUGUCCUUCGGUCUCCAACAAUGUGUCUUCUGCGGCAGCUUCUGAGACCACCACCACCACAGGUGCCACAAACCAGACAGACCAAAGCCUCGGGUCAUUUCUGCCAGUGACCAACAUCAAAGCCAAAUCAAGGGGAGUCACAGGAAAAGUGGCUUCUCACACAAAGUGGCCAAAGACUUCUGAGAGAUCACGGGGCUUUGGCAGCCCCAAUGCCAGCCCAUCCGCCCCUUUCACCCAUAUCCAGGGCAAAUCCAAAUACAUGUCCAACCUUCCUCUGUCACAUAACAGCUUCUCCCUGGGACAGGGACGACAGCGACGUAGCCUUAGCCAGCCAGGUCCCAAGGAGUCAAACCAUGAUGGAGCAGCUCCUCUACUCCAAACUGUAUCCCUCGUGGAGAGUAAUGUGGCCCUUGUACCCCAGGCCUGUGUGGCUGGUGACGAAUGCAGGACAGGGAACAUCACUUACCGCAUCCCCAUCAGCAAGUUUACUUCAGUGAACACAAAUCUUACCUUGGAGAUGAAUGUCUCCUCUACUGUUUCUGCCUACCUUUGUAGUCUCACCUCCAGCAGCCCCUGUCAACACAAUGGUGUGAACACAGACAGCUUCUCUGAUACAGCAGAAACCCAGGGCGUGACAUACCGUUGGCCUGUGGUGAUGAUGCCAUUCCAGGAGUUCACCUACCAUUUCCGAUUCACAAGGCCUGGCCAAGCAAACUGCAGUACUGCUGUGGAUCAAAUGGGCUCUGUCUUUACCGACUACUACUUUCAGUUCUACUGGCUCUGUGAGUGAGCCUCAAGGGGCACCACUGCCCUUUUCACAAGAACUGAGGUGGGCCCGCGAGACUCAUGAUGGACUGGAUGAUCUCUUCCGUGAACCCCAAGCCUGAUCCUGUUGCCUCUGAUUUGCAAGCCAUUCCGCUUUGAGCUUUGAGCUCAGUUCGUUCUUCUUUCUAGUGGUGGGAUGUCGACAUUAGAAUGUCACACAAGUUUGGAGGAAUGUUGCCAGUAGCAAAAUAAUGACAUAUGAGGCAUUUCCCCACCUUUAACUUGUUAUAGGAACUCCACAUCCUUUCUUUUCUUUUCCUUUUUCCCCUCCUUAUUUCACUGGAUCUGAACAUUCCCACACUGGACCAUGCUUGGGUUCAGUUCAUCUGGACACAUCCGACCUGCAAAAUACAGCUUGGCUAGGAACAGAUCUCAAUAUCAGAGAGCCAAUGAAACAACUUUCUAAGACAGUGAAACAUUUCAUUGAUGUCUCUGGAAGUCUUGUACUAAAGUUGAAACACUGGAUUCUUUCUGUAAAGGAAUAUUUUUAUCCCUGGCACAGUUGGAAGUCAUACACUGGAGUUUCUGAUCUGGCUGGCAGGCGGCCAGUUCUCUUUAACGUUAUGCUCUGCAGAAGUCCUGGUGACACUGGAACGUGUGGACGGUCAUUUUGAACAGCAGUAACUGAUGGGAAAGUUAUAGGAUUUGCCCCUGGCUUCUUCCUGUCUGUUCUGCCACGUACUUACAUUCCAUGGAGAACAAACCUCCAGAACCUCACAAGUCUCAGGCAAAAGGCUAGUUUUGCUCCCAAUGUGCCUUCUUUUUCAGGAUUGGAUAGAGAUGCUCCUCAAAAGCCAGCUAUGUGCUGUAGGCAGUCUCCUCCUUCCCAGUCUCCUCCAAGGGUCUGUCUCUGAACUUUGCCACUGGACUGGACUCUUAUGGUUCCACUGUUGUGUUAGAUGCUGGGAGAAUCUUCUCAAGCCCCUUCUCAAGCAGUGAAAAUGAGUUUUGUCCCAAAGAGCACCUGGCAGAGCACUGCCACAUUGUGCCAGAGACUGGAUGGAGGCCACCAGCUGAGAUCUGCCCUACAGUGAAAAUAUCCAGACUGAAAAGUUUUUUUGAUCCCCAAGGGGUCUCUCUGUCAGGCAUCAAACAGCACACCUUUUUUCCCCCCACUCCAAGCCGUGAAUAUCCUUGGAAUUCUGAUUAUAUUUUGGGUAACUUACUGUUACAAGGUUUUAACUUGCUAAACCACUAAUCUUUUAUAUAUAUAUAAUUGAGCUCCUUUAACUAUUGAAUUGUUUUUCUCUCAUAGGAAAACCAAAGUAGGCCAGUGCUGAGCACCAGCCUGCACCUACCUAGUAUCUGCACUCUGUGCUGGGAAUGAGUUGGGAUAGAAGUAUAUGGGACAACCCUCCAGCACAUCAGGUUUUUACCCUCAUGCAAAAGAGGAAGGUUAGGCUACUCGGUCAGAUUCUGGCUUUUUGUAAAAUAGGCUAAAUAGAUUUCUGUAUAAGAUUUCAAACAGCAGCAUGGUGAGGUGGGGUUGCAGGGGGGGAGGGAGGGGGAGGGAAGAUAAGGAUAAGGAACAGUGCCGAGCUUCUGGCACUUCUAGCUGAUCCUGAAUCAAAAUAAUAAACCUCCUGACUCUGCAGAUUUAAUGUAUUUCUAAUAGACAUUCGGCACCAUCACCAAACUACAGUUCCCAGCAUUCUUUGGGGGAUGCCAUCAUAAUUGGGUAAUGUGUAGAUAAACAUUCUGUGCAGGUUUUUAGUGCCUUUGUUCUGCCUGCCGUGUUUCUUUAUGAAGCUGUAUAUUGUACUCCCAUGAGUGAGUGAUCAUCAGGAAAGAUGGCAGGUGGUGCUCUGCCAUCCCAUUUCAGUGGUAAUGGCAGAGAUGGGCACAAAAGGCAUGGGACACCGAAGAUGUGGAGAUUCAGGGAAGGCAGUGAGAGAGAUGGUCUUGGUGUAUCUGACCGUUCAAUGGAUGGCAGGUCAAAGAACAAGUUUCUAAGAAAGGUGCAGCUACAGUUGCUCACAUUAACCAGCAGAUGGCAUCGCUCUCCAUAAAACAGAGCGAUACUCUCAAGCCCUGCCGUAUAGAAAGAAGUGCCCUCUAGGCACAGGGAUAUGUGAUGCUCAAGAUCAGUGAUUAGAUUUUUUCCUUCUUAACAGUUAGUUUGGCGCCAAGUCAAAGAUCAGCACCAUUCAGACUGGAGCGUGCAGUUUAUUAAUGGCAUAGAGCACAGGGCAGAAAGCAGAGAAAAGCCAUUUUAGCCAAGGCAUUUAAACUACAAAUUUAAAAACUGUGGAACUCAUUGUAGACUGCAGUCCGGUUCUUCCUUAUCUCUGAGUAAGCUCCUUGAAUGGGACUUCCUUCUGAGUAGACACAUCUUGUUGUUGUUUA